AUGUUGUACAAAGCCUUUAAGGCAGUACUUGCUAGCCACGAGGUUACUCACCUUCAAGUGGCAACAUCCCUAUGGCAGGUUGAGUGUGCAGAGCGUAUGACAGCCUUAAAUCAGGCGCUCCACCAGGAGAACAGAGCCUGCCUCAAUAUGAAGGAUGAGCAGCUGAAGAAGAUCAGAAAUUUCUUUUCUGAGUGCCGUCACACAGAAACUGACGAUGACACAAAUUACCCUCAAGCCAUCUAUGACGAUGAGUGCGAAAUGCUUCGCGCCAUCACUGCCCAAGCAGACUUUGUCUCAAGAUGCCUGGGUCCAGGUGCCAGGCAUGAAUUACUGGCAUUUACUGGCAAGGGCCCCUACCUACCUCGUUUUGUUGGUACUCUUAAAAAUAGGGACAGCAUUACACAUGCGCUGGGGGGUGGUUGUACGGACACUGGUACUGAUACAUCAGGAAAAAGGACUUUCCUUGAUAAUGGCUACUAUCACUUACUACACCUCCGUGAUGGUCCAUUAUUUCAUGAGUCACAAUAUGUCAUGAAUAGUAACAUCCGAUCGGCAGACAUUAGGUUCAUGAGCAAGGACGCUACUAGUAUUGAGUCAGAGCUAUGA